UGACAGUUGCUUCAGGAACCUUGCAGAAGAUCGCAGUGGGAUAAACCUUAAAGACCUCAUCCAGGAUCCUUCCUUAUUAGGUGGGACGGUAUCUGCAUACAAGAUAGUGCCAGAUGAAAUAGAAGAAAUCAAGGAGACACUGAUAGAUUGGUGUGAUGAAAAGGAACUCAACUUGAUUUUAACAACUGGAGGAACAGGAUUUGCACCAAGGGAUGUCACACCAGAGAAAUUCCCAACAUUCCCAUUUUGUGGGCUCCAGAGAGGGGCUACUAAAGAAGUAAUAGAACGUGAGGCCCCAGGGAUGGCCUUGGCAAUGCUGAUGGGAUCACUUAAUGUUACACCUCUGGGCAUGCUCUCUAGACCCGUGUGUGGAAUCAGAGGGAAAACGCUCAUAAUUAACCUUCCAGGUAGCAAGAAAGGGUCACAGGAAUGCUUUCAAUUUAUACUGCCAGCCCUACCUCAUGCCAUUGACCUUUUACGGGAUGCCAUUGUAAAAGUAAAAGAGGUUCAUGAUGAACUUGAAGAUCUACCUUCACCACCACCACCUCUUUCUCCUCCUCCAACCAUCAGCCCUCACAAGCAGACAGAAGACAAAGGUGUACAGUGUGAGGAAGAGGAGGAAGAGAAAAAAGAUAGUGGAGUUGCUUCAACAGAGGAUAGUUCCUCCUCGCAUAUAACUGCUGCAGCCAUUGCAGCAAAGAAGCAUCCAUCCUAUACCAGUUCUGCUGUUAUCAUGGCAAAAGGUGAACAUCCCAUUCCUGGUCUCAUCUGUUAUUCCUAUCACGCACCAGACAGUGCAGGAGAACCGAUUCCAGAUUCCAUCAUAUCUCGUGGUGUUCAGGUGCUUCCACGAGACACAGCCUCACUUAGCACUACCCCUUCAGAAUCCCCUCGUGCCCAAGCUACUUCUCGCCUCUCUACUGCUUCCUGCCCCACACCAAAAGUCCAGUCCAGGUGCAGCAGUAAGGAGAACAUCCUCCGAGCCAGUCACAGUGCCGUAGACAUUACAAAAGUAGCAAGAAGACAUCGUAUGUCUCCAUUUCCUUUAACAUCUAUGGACAAAGCCUUCAUUACAGUUCUGGAGAUGACUCCAGUGCUUGGAACAGAAAUAAUCAAUUAUCGAGAUGGAAUGGGUAGAGUCCUUGCCCAAGAUGUUUAUGCAAAAGACAACCUUCCACCUUUUCCAGCUUCAGUAAAAGAUGGCUAUGCUGUCAGAGCUGCUGAUGGACCAGGAGAUCGUUUCAUCAUUGGGGAAUCCCAAGCUGGUGAGCAACCAACUCAGACUGUCAUGCCUGGUCAAGUUAUGAGAGUUACAACUGGUGCUCCAAUACCCUGUGGUGCUGAUGCUGUGGUGCAAGUGGAAGAUACAGAACUUAUCAGGGAAUCUGAUGAUGGCACUGAAGAACUUGAGGUACGCAUUCUGGUGCAGGCUCGACCAGGUCAAGAUAUCAGGCCUAUAGGACACGACAUUAAAAGAGGUGAAUGUGUACUGGCCAAGGGAACCCACAUGGGUCCAUCAGAGAUAGGUCUCCUAGCAACUGUUGGAGUAACUGAAGUUGAAGUUAACAAGUUUCCAGUAGUUGCUGUAAUGUCCACAGGGAAUGAACUUUUGAAUCCUGAAGAUGAUUUGUUACCAGGAAAGAUUAGAGACAGUAAUCGUUCAACUCUUUUAGCAACAAUUCAAGAGCAUGGAUAUCCAACAAUCAACUUGGGGAUUGUAGGAGAUAACCCAGAUGAUUUACUUAAUGCCUUGAAUGAAGGAAUCAGCCGUGCUGAUGUCAUCAUCACAUCAGGGGGCGUGUCAAUGGGAGAAAAGGACUAUCUUAAACAGGUGCUGGAUAUUGAUCUUCAUGCCCAGAUCCAUUUUGGCAGGGUUUUUAUGAAACCAGGGUUGCCUACAACCUUUGCAACUUUGGAUAUUGAUGGGGUAAGAAAAAUCAUCUUUGCGCUCCCAGGGAAUCCUGUGUCAGCAGUUGUUACCUGCAAUCUUUUUGUUGUCCCAGCAUUGAGGAAGAUGCAAGGAAUUUUGGAUCCUCGUCCAACUAUUAUAAAAGCCAGGUUAUCAUGUGAUGUAAAAUUGGACCCUCGUCCAGAAUACCAUCGGUGCAUACUGACUUGGCAUCACCAAGAACCACUGCCUUGGGCACAAAGUACAGGGAAUCAGAUGAGCAGUCGUCUGAUGAGUAUGCGCAGUGCCAAUGGACUGUUGAUGCUACCUCCAAAGACAGAGCAGUAUGUGGAACUUCAUAAGGGAGAGGUGGUUGACGUCAUGGUCAUUGGAAGACUAUGAUGUUACCAGCAGGAGAAAAGUUUUGAUGCAUGUCCACAUAUCAUUGACUGUAUCCUGUAAUAUGCAACGGCACAGCUAGUUUUUCUGAUUUGGAUAAAAGUUGAUCAGUAUAAACACCUUGAACUAUAUUUCAAAUGGAUUUAAAUAAAUACCUUUUAAAAAACUUUAAAAACAAAUCUUAAAAGAAUUUAUUCUGAUUAUAUCAAAGCAACUUUUUCAUUUCUUGCGAUUGCUUUGUGUGUUCAAUGCUAGUUCCAAUAGCAGUAGCUUUUAGUAGACAGCGGUAGGUGCCUGCAGAACUUGUGUUUUUUCUCAUCUUUAAGAUUCAACUACUUAUGCUCUUAAAACAAGGCUGUCUGCUUAUUUAUACUAGUGUAGACAACACUUGGAUUUUCCCUUCUUAGUAUGCUUCAUAACUGCUUCACAGAGAGCUUCUGCUUGUUCUUUAUCGUAUCUCGUGUUGAUGUGCACAGUGCCAAAAGCAGAGUGGCUGCCCUGGGAACCCGAUCAAGCCCCAAGGUUUUCCUCCUUGCUGCGCGUUCAGGGAUAUCUGUCAUCCCAGCAGCCACCCAGCUCAGUACUAUUGGGCAGUAACUGGAUACCUUUUGUUUAAACAAACAACAAAAAAUUGCUUCCUUAAGUGCUGACAGCCUUUUUAACCAAUACAUUUAAAAUGUACAGAAUUAAAAUCUUAAAAAAAAAAUCAAAGACUGAUCUUGUACAGAUAUUAGUGUUACCAGCAUUCAUGUGGAAAUUAAAUGAGAAAAGAAAUAAAAACUAAUGUCAACUCUGUACCAUAACAUUUUCUGUAAUGAUACUGAAAUUUAAAUGAAUAAAAAAAAUCCUGAAUCAUUAUUUAA